GACUGAGUAUAACCUAUGAUGUUAACCAGUCCGUUCAAUGACAGCAGUUCGGUCCAGGGUAAACAAUGUUGCUUAGCUUGUCACUGAGCCGCCGGCUGCUGCCUCAUCGCCACUGCGCCCUGCAGUGUCGCAACAUUAAAUCAGAAAACGUCGCCAGAAGUGCUGCUCUGGACAGCGUGCUCUCUGCAUUCAGGUCUAUAUGUGGUGAGGACGGCGUCUCAUUGGGUGAAGCUGUCAGAGAGCAGCACGGCAAAGAUGAGUCUGUACACAGAUGUCGUCCCCCGGAUGUGGUGCUGUUUCCUCGUUGUGUGGAGGAAGUCAGCGCCCUGGCUAAAGUCUGCAACAACCACCACCUUCCCAUCAUCCCCUUUGGCACUGGAACUGGCCUGGAGGGAGGGGUCGGCGCAGUGAAGGGUGGUGUGUGCUUCAGUCUGAGGAACAUGGACCAGGUUCUGGAUCUCCACCAGGAGGACUUUGACGUGACGGUGGAGCCUGGUGUGACUCGGAAGGCCCUCAACUCCUACCUGCGAGACACCGGCUUAUGGUUUCCUGUUGAUCCUGGGGCCGAUGCUUCUGUGUGUGGUAUGGCUGCCACCAGUGCGUCUGGCACCAAUGCAGUGCGUUAUGGAACUAUGAGAGAAAACACCUUAAACCUGGAGGUGGUGCUGGCUGAUGGGACCAUCAUACACACGGCGGGGAAGGGCCGACGUCCCAGGUACACAAUAUCUGUUUGCACCCUCAAAUAUGCCGUAUUGCCCUCUGGCGGCUUAAAUGCUAUUGCCUUUCUUUUCUAUCUUUUAUCAAUCUUUAGGAAAACAUCAGCAGGCUAUAACCUGACAAACCUGUUUGUGGGGUCAGAGGGCACCCUGGGGAUCAUCACUAAGACUACAUUGCGCCUAUACGGCAUCCCAGAGGCCGUGGUGUCAGCCGUUUGCUCUUUUCCGUCGGUCCAGGCUGCUGUAGACAGCACAGUGCAGGUUCUGCAAUCAGGAGUACCCAUCGCUCGCAUUGAGUUUCUGGAUGAUGUGAUGAUUGAUGCGUGCAACAGGUUCAGCUCUCUGUCCUACCCCGUGACCCCGACUCUGUUCCUGGAGUUCCACGGCUCUGAACGAAGCCUCGAGGAACAGGUCAACACAACCGAGGACAUCACUCAGAGUAACGGUGGUUCAGAUUUUCAGUGGGCUAGAGAUGCAGAAACACGGAACCGGCUGUGGAAAGCUCGUCAUGAUGCCUGGUACGCUGCUCUGGCUCUCAGACCUGGCUGCAAGGCCUACGCUACGGAUGUGUGUGUCCCUUUGUCUCGACUGCCUCAGAUCAUAGUGGAGACAAAGGAGGACCUGAUUGAGAACAGACUUACAGGUCCCAUAGCAGGUCAUGUGGGUGAUGGAAACUUCCACUGUCUGAUGGUGGUGGACCCCAAUGACCCAGAAGAGCUGCACAGGGUCCACCUGUUCACUGAGAGACUGGCCAGGCGAGCCCUGACCAUGGAUGGUACAUGUACAGGGGAGCACGGAGUGGGCUUAGGGAAGAGAGUGCUGCUGUGUGAGGAGAUGGGACCCAUGGCUAUCCAGGUCAUGCAAGGUCUCAAGGAUGCCCUCGACCCGAAAGGCCUGAUGAAUCCUGAGAAAAUUCUGCAGCCUAGAGUACUAUAAACAGUAUUUUAGUGUGAGGGAAAGUCACUAAACACAGAGAUCCUCAUCAUGAUCUGCUCACUGUUUGAUCAGGGGCAUUUUUAGAGACUCUUGUAUGAAAGAUAACGGGCAGGGAUCACUCAUAAGUGAAAACAAAUCAACAUGAGUAUGACACUGUUUAAUGUGAGACAUAUCGGACUAUACUCAAAUAUGUGAAGGUUUUGUUGUGUGGUCACCAGUAAUAAUGCUCUCUUUUCCAGAUUGGAAAAGUCUUUGAUUUAGAAAUUCAAGUGAAUCACGAAUAUCAUGUAAUGUAGAAAAAUAUAUUGGCAGUUCACUGCUGUCCUCCUCACUAUGUUUGCAUGCAAACAGUGUACUUACAUUAAAUGAGGGUUGCUUUGCCUGACUGACCUGCUAACAAAAUAUUCUAUUUCUUUAACCACCAGAACUAUAACAAUGUAAAUGGUCAGAAGCAGAAUCUUUUGCAGAUGACUGAUUUUAUUAACAUUUUGUUUAGAAAAUGUAAUAUUGUGAUGAAUCUGAA